UCUCUGGAAUCAAAGCAUUCGGAAAGCGGCGAACGGCUGCGUGUCUGUCGGGAGUCCCUAGCGUUAGCUGGCAGAUGGCGAGCUCGAGGGAGGCAUGGAGGACGGCGCUAUAUGAGCGCGUUCAGUGCCCGCCGUGGCUCUUGAAAUGAGCUGAACCCUGUGAUGCGUGCCAGUGCCCUCUUUGACCAAGAGCAGCAGUGAAGGCCGGUCAGCACUUACAGCGACUUUUACUUUUUUGGACCCUGCAGACUCUUGACUUUUGUUUCUUCCCCCUCCGUGAGUUUUAAGUCUUGCUGCCCACCAUGGAGUCGGAUGCUCUCUCUCUGGAGUCUAAAGCCGAGCGCAUUGCCAGGUAUAAAGCCGAGCGGCGCCAGCAGCUGGCAGAGAGGUACAGCCACACCGAGGAGUUCACUUCAAAGUACGUCAGGCGAGAUAAAGGCCACGAUGGGGUGACGGUCGAGUGCCAGCAGGCCACCUUGGAGGAGAUCCAGGAGCAGGCAAUCAUGGGCAAAGAGGAGAGACAGUUACCUACUGGCCAGGAUACCAAUGGCAACUAUGAUGGCUUCUCGGGUAAGCAGAGUGAGGAAGUGUCCCCUCUGCUGACCUUAAAUGGCAAAGAACAGACUGCAUUUGGCACACCGCUGGUGUCCAGGCCUGGCAUGCCACGGGCACAGGACGACUUUGCUCUCUGCACCCGCAGAGCCGCUCGCCCAGCCACGGUGCACACCCGGGUGUCAGUGGAGCAGCUGCGGACGUCCCUGCUGUUGAACUCCGGUGGUCAGAAGGAUGAGGAGCUUGACUGUGAUGGCAGCCAGACAAGCAGCUCAUGUGACGUGCCCAGGCCGGGCGGUCGCCACCGUACCAGGCGUUGUGGCCCCUCGGCAGCCAACAGGAAGACGAGCGAGCGCUUCAGGACCCAGCCGGUCACUGCCUUGGAGCGGUGGGAGAUGAACGGGUCUGCCCAAGCUGAGAAGGAGGAAAAGCCUGCAGCUGAUGUGAAAGUGGAUGACCGAUCCAAACUCAGCGUGGCAGCCAAGAUGUCCCUCUUUAAGGAGUUUGAGAAGACUGCGUCCCCAGAAGCCACCGCCGCCUUCCUAAAGCCCCGCCCAGGAUCUGCUGCCUCAGAACGCAGGAGUCGCCGUGCCAAUGAUCGCUCACGCACUCAGCCAAUCACGGUGGAGGAGAAGGUGGAGGCUGGCAGCUUUCCAAAUCUCAAACCGUGUGGCACAUCACAGGCAGGCAGCGGGCAGCCGGACACAGAAGAAGAUGAAAGCUCAAGGCUGAGCCUCGGCGAGAAGUUGGAUCUCUUCAACAGCAUGGCGAAGCCAGAGGGCGGCCCCCCGAUAGAUUUCCGACGCCGGACAAAGGGGACACGCUAUCACACGCAGCCCAUCACCGUCCACGAAGUCCAGCAGCUGCAGGACACUUGCCUGAUGAGGAAAGUGCAGGUGUAUCCUGCCACUGUGAGCCACGGACUAGCAGUGGAGCCAAUGUGUGAGCCUCACCCCAACCCAGUGAUGCCCAGCUGGGACUCUGAAUCUCACGAACUGAAAGGAAUCCUGAAAAAAAGAACAGUGAGUUUGAGUCAGGAGGCCUCUUCUGAAGACAUGCCCACCAGUGACGCCACAGUGCCCGGCUCGGCCUGGGAGAGUCGAGAAACCGAUGGUGAGGUGGGCAGCUUAGUGCCCUGCAAACGCUACAGAGAGCAGAAGCCAAGCGAUGAACCUGACGGCUGUGCUUUGAGUCCGGGGGACACCCACAGUGACCACCUAGCAAGGGAAGAGCCCAAGACGUCUGCCCCCUGGAGACAGAACAGGGCCAAAGUCACUCCGCCAGAGUUGGCCAGUUCACCUGAACCCACCUGUCACCACCAGCCUGAGGACCUGCCUGCCAGCCACAUGUGCCACUCGCCAUCUACAUGCAGUCCAACUGAGGGAGAUGAACUCUGUUUGAGCCAGGGGGCAUCGCUUCAGUCCAGGCUGGCACAGCUGAAAUCAUCCGUGGGGGAGCAGCAGGGCAAGGUGGGCAGCCGGCGCAGCGAUGUGGUGCAGGUCUCCCUGGCCGAGCGGUACAGCCAGCUGCAGGACGCCGAGAGCGCCUGGAAGAAGAAGGGCGACCAGGGCACUCCUAACAGCUCUCCGGGGGGAUUGCUUUGUUGGGGUCCGGUCUUUUCCUGCAUCUUUAACCCUGGUGGUUCUAAAUCCCAGUUUGUAGUCUGUUACAAUCAGUCCACCUUAUCCUAUGAAGUUCAAGAAGUUUCCUUUGGUCAGAACAGCACCUGGCCAACCUGGAGGCAAAAGAAAACAGCGGCUGAAGUCGAGACGAAGACGACGCUGGCCCAGAGGAUGCAGAGCCUCCAGGAGAGGGAGGAGCAGUGGAAGACCAAAGGAAAGGGGGCCGCCAAUGAUUCGACGCAGUUUACUGUGGCCGGGCGCAUGGCUAGGAAAGGUUUGGUGUCUCCUGUCUCUGCCCAAGACAUCCCACCGGCUUUCCACUGUCGAAAAACUCCAGCUGGGACACCAGUUAAGCCUUUAGAAGAGAUUUCCAGUAAGCCUGACUCACAGGUGGAAGGUGACAAGAGACUGGACAAGCUGGAGUCGUUCCUGGACAAGCUGCAGAAUAAAGGUGCAGCAUUCCACGAGACCUCCAUCACCGUGACCACGGAGAGUGUAAGAGAAGUGAUGAAGGUGGACGACGAGACGUUCAGCAAGUUUUACAGAGGGGUCUCCUCCUCCACUGUGACGUCUGACGCUGUCCCAGCGGUGCAGGGAGACUUCAACACCAUCUUGGACUCGGGCACUCCAAAGCUCACAUCUUCUGUGGCUGAACACAAACGGUCCGUGAGGCCAACCCGGAAAACCCAGGCGUCCCGUAACCCUCUGAAGGCCCUGGCUGCCAGGGAUGACAUCCGGCAGGAUUACAUCGAGCAGCGGCUCAACGUGGCCGUCGUGGAAGCCAAGAGGAUUCAGGUGGAGAGAAUGGCCAAACACUCUCGCUACGCAGACGUGGCCUUGGCAGGCCUGGCAAGUAAAGAGAACUUCCGAAACGUCAAUCUGCGCAACGUCAAGUCCACCGAGCAGGUCUCCAACAAUAGCCGGUUGCCAUAUAGCAAGCUGAUGCUGAUUCAAGUUAAAGGUCGGCGGCACGUGCAGAGCAGGCUGGUGGAGCCCACGGCCGAGUCCCUCAAUAGCGGCGACUGCUUCCUCCUGCUCACACCCCAGCACUGCUUCCUCUGGGUGGGAGAGUUUGCCAACGUCAUCGAAAAGGCCAAGGCUUCAGAGUUGGCAUCGUUCAUCCAAAACAAGAGGGAUCUCGGCUGCAAAGCUGCCCAAGUCACCAUUCUUGAAGAGGGAGUGAACACUGACAACAACCGUGCCCGCGACUUCUGGAAUCUGCUUGGUGGAAAGAAAAUGUACCGUGCUGCGGGUGAGCCUGAUGAAGACGAGCUGUACGAGAGCGCUGUGGUGGAGACCAACUGUGUUUACAGCCUGAUGGAUGGAAAGCUGGUGCCGCACGAGAAAGCCUGGGCAUCCAUUCCCAGUGUGUCUAUGCUUAGCUCCAAAGAGGUGCUGGUGUUCGACUUUGGCAGCGAGGUCUACGUAUGGCACGGAAAGGAAGUUUCUCUGAGUGACAGAAAGCUGGCAGUUCAGCUCGGACAGCAGCUCUGGGGCGGGCCUUACGACUACAGCGGAUGUUCUGCCAAUCCACUGGGGUCCGGUGGGCGUUCAGAUGUGACGCCACAGGAGGGUGAAGCCCGGCCGGAGUGGACUAUUUUUGGGCGCCUGUCAGAGCACAACGAGACGGCCUUAUUUAAGGAGAAGUUCCUCGACUGGAGUGAAGCCAAAGCAGUCAAGGAGGAGCCGGCGGUGGAAAGCAAGAGUCUUGCAGUGUCCACCUCCGAGGCGGAGCUGAAGGCGUUCGAUGCCAAGGAGAUGAUCGCACCUUGUGACGCCCCCACCAAGAUGGUCCUGGAAGGCCUGAAUGUGCAGAGAGGCUAUGGCCUCAUCGAGGUGGAGGACAGGAGGCAGGCGGAGCUGCGCACGGUGGGCAUCGACGUCUGGCACAUCCGGGAGUUUGACUCGGCUGAGAUCCCCCCAGCGAGUGUAGGCCAGUUCCACGAGGGUGACACCUACGUGAUCAAGUGGACCUACACCGUCACGUGUCUGGUUGGGAAGCGGCAGAAACCAGAGCAGCUGAGUACCAGCGGGCCUGGUAAGGAGAAGUGUGCCCAUUUCUUCUGGCAAGGACGGCACUCCUCUGUUAGCGGGAAGGGCACCUCGGCACUGACCACGGUAGAGCUUGGCAAACAUCGAGGAGCUCAGGUGCUGGUGUCACAGGGCAAAGAGCCACCAUGCUUCCUUCAGCUCUUCCAAGGAGGACUGGUCAUCCACAGUGGGUGCCGGGAGCGCGAGAGCACAAAUAAACAAGGUCACCUGGAAAGCUGGUGUCUGUUUUGUGUCAGAGGCGAAAUCCCCGUGGAGGGCAGCUUGUUGGAGGUGGCUUGUGCCAGCUGCAGUCUGCGUUCCAGAGUCUCCCUCGUUCUCCUCAACGCUCACCACGGCACCCUCUACCUCUGGCAUGGAUGCAAGUCCCAGAAAGCCGUUAGAGACGUGGGCAAGGCGGCGGCUGAGUGCAUCAGACAGUUGUGCCCACCCGAGUUGGGACUCCAGAGCGGCAGUGAGGUGACCACCCAGGAGAUUGAGGAGGGGGCAGAGCCAAAGGAAUUCUGGGAGGCGCUGGGGGGUCGGAGCCGAAAAACCUAUGACUGCAUGUUACAGGACCCCGGGAAGUACAACUUCACGCCUCGUCUGUUCCACCUGAGCGCCGCUUCUGGAGAGUUCACCGCCGAGGAGCAGCUCUCUGCCGCCAUGGUGCCCGAUGUAGUGGUCGCCAUGCCAUUUCUGCAAGAGAACCUGUACUCUGUGCCUCAGCCAGCACUCUUUCUGCUGGAUAACCGAAUGGAGGUGUACCUGUGGCAGGGCCAGGCAGCGGGUGACACCGACAGCACCGGCUCGGCACAGAUCCGCUGGGACCUGGAGAGGAAGUGCGCCAUGGAGACUGUCCUACACUACUGCCAAGAAAAGAAUCCCAAACGCCCGCCCAAAGCCUACCUGAUCCACGCUGGCGCCGAGCCGCUCACCUUCACCAACAUCUUUCCUCGCUGGGAGGUCCAAGCCACAUGUCUCAGUCAGGCAGAAGCGCAGAGCAGCAAAGUGAUCCUGGUGCAAGAUGCCCUCGCCAGGCUGUGCAAGACCCAGUACUCCAUGGAGGAGCUGCUGGCAAGGCCGCUGCCCGAGGGUGUCGACCCCCUUAAGCUGGAGGUCUACCUGUCGGAUGAAGACUUUCAGAGGGUCUUGGAGAUGAAGAGGGACGAGUUCAAUGCCCUCCCGGCCUGGAAGCAGCUGAACCUGAAGAAGAGCAAAGGCCUCUUUUAAGGCGCCCUGGACAGCCACUCUGAUGCGGGGGUCCGCUCUCCAGAUGGGGGGAGCCAGGUGGGCACCGUGCCAUUUUCAUUCCUCGACUUUGGUUUGUACCAGCAGGGGGUCUUUUCUCUUUGACUCUUUCAAUGCGCUCAUCACUGCCAUUGGACGCCUGCCAUUCCUGCCCACUGGGACCCCCAAGACUGAUGGGGACAUUUAAGUGACAGUCGAUGAACAGUGAGGUGCCAGCACUGGUGGAGCAGACGCCAAACGGUGGGCCUGGUGGUCUUCCUAUGGGGGGUGCCUGGCUGUGCUGUAGCUCCCUGAUAGUUGCCAUCUGCUGUGCUGCCCCUCGGACAUUUCAUUCAUCGCUGGCGCCGUCCGCGGUGGGCUCGUUUUGAUGUUCAUAUUUCUGUUUUUUUGAUUUUAUUUCUUUGUGUUUUUCUUUUCUCAGAUAUUUUCUGUUUUAUUUCUUAUUCGAGUUAUAAAAUGUUUAUCCCAC